UAUGUGCAUUGCAGAAACCAUGCUUUUGACCUCGUUCUGCAAGAGGUAGCAAAGGAAGUGAGACUCAUUGCAGACACGUUGAAUUUUGUUCAGGGAGUGUAUGUUGUCAUUUCAGAAUCAGCCAAACGUAAACAGUUGUUCAGGUCUCUGUUUGGCAGUUGUUCAGGUCUCUGUUUUGACAGUCCUCAAAAGCAACAUAUGCAGAGACUUCGGGGGGAUGACUCUUUCAAAGAGCUGAUGGAUAAGGUUAACACCGCUGCAAGAUGCAACAAUUUGAAAAUGCCAAAUCCCCCCAGAUUGAGCAAAACCCCAGCUCGCAUCCACAACACUUCAGAACCAGAUACUCUGGUGUGCAAAUCUGGAGAAGCACAGUGGCGACGUCAGUUCUUUGAAUCAGUAGACUUAAUCCAAACUGAGCUUAAAAGAAGAUUUGAUCAAAGUGGAAUUAAAGUGGCUGCACAAAGAGAAACGACUCUUAUCGAAGCUGCAAACCAAAACCUGUCUGGUCUAAAUGAAGAAAUGCAACUCCCGGAAAAGUUUGAUCAAUCAUGUCUACAAAUGCAACUAACUCUACUGGGUGACCUAGCUAAGGAGAGACGGUUCACUGCAGUGAAAGAGCUUGCUGAAUUCAUUUCAUCAUUGCAUCCCCAAACUAGAGAGCUAUUUAAAGAAGUUGAGGCAUUCAUUGAGCUUUGUUUAUGUCUACCUGUGUCAGCUGCUCCAUCAGAAAGAUCAUUCUCAGCUAUCAGACGUCUGAAAACCUGGACCCGAAGUACAACAAGCCAGAAGAGGUUGACACAUCUGGUGCUAAUGCACAUACAUAGUGAAAUUCUGGACAGGCUGGAUAUACCAUCUCUUGUUCGGAGCUUCAUCAGCAACACACCUGAAUGCAAGGUGCACUUUAAAUCGAGAAAUGACCAUCCCCGUUCUCAGUGGCGUUUUCUCCCUGAAGCCAAGGGAAGCCAUCUCUUCCGACAAUCACUAUUAUUGUAAAUAAAAAAAAAUAUUUGACUUGUGACUUGGCCUCUCAUU